UGUGAUUAGAAAAAAAUGAUCUAUAUAUAUAUAUUAAAUAGUGAGAUAAAUAAAUAGUGAAGCAUUAGAUUAGUUAGUUAGUUUAAAAUUUAAAAUUUAAAUUUAAAUCAGCAUAAUUUUAUCUGAUUAGUUAGAUAUUUAUUUUUAAAUUUAAACCUAUUAUACGAUAUGUUAUAUACGUAUAUACUCUAUAACCCUAGCAGCCAGAUAGUAUCGUAUUCCCUUAUUCUCACCAUCUCUCAAUUUCCUUUUUUUUUUUAUUCUCUCUAUUGAACCAAAUCAAUUGUUUUAAUCUUAAGAGCUUCGGGGUUAGCAAUCAACCGAUCAUCGUUCCGUGUCUUCGAAAUCUUCAGGGCCUAGAAGGUAUCGUAAGAGUUAAUUACAGCGGAGUUGAGGUAAGGAAAAAUAAUGAUACUUUAUACUUGCUUUUUAUAUGGUUUGAGUAUCUAGUAUGACUGCUUGAAUAAAUUGUAUUGAAACUGUGGAAUGUGAUAGUUUCGGUGAAAUAGUGUUUUAUCGAUGAAUUGUAUAUGGUUGUUUAAUCAUGUUCCAGGUACUUGAAAGUGGUUGGAAACCACACAUGUAUGGUGAUGUGGUAAGUGAGGCAGUGUACGUAAGGGUGCACUGGUUAUUGGUACUGCGUUCUGGUUAAGAACGUAAGACACUCCAGAUUUGUAUGGAAGCUGGAGUGUGAUUGUGAGUGUGAGUGUGUGGUAUUUCAGUAUUUGUGUGGCUGCCUCUAUUUAUACUUAUGAUUAGGUUGUUGUAUGUUUGAUGUAUAUGUUUGUGCUAUGAUGUGUGAAUGCUGGUACAUAGUAUUGUGUUUUUCCUUACUGGGCUUUGCAGCUCACCCCUUAUUUACCCCCUAUGUGCAGAUAAGUAAGCCUGUAAGCUUUCGGUGACAAGUUGAGUCUGGGCAGCAUGGGGUGUAUCUCGUGUGAUCAUGUAACUGCGUGUGGUCUUGGCCAUCUUCCGCUGAAAGUUUUUUUUUAAAUUUAUUAAACUUAUCGAGGAUGUUGUCGUUUAAAUUUUCUAUUACUUUUCCCUAAGUGGUAAUACUUUAUUUUCAACUGGGUACCCAUGUUUUGAAAAGUGUUUUUUUUUUAAAAAAAAAAAAUAAAGGCAACAUUAGUAUCUUAACGCCAGUUUAUUUAUGGCAUCUUAUUUUACGUAAGUAAGGGCGUUACAAAUGGUAUCAGAGCCAGGUUACAUUGAUCUUGAAUUCACGCGACAUACACACCAUCGCUGCAAAGGAUCAACUUGUCAUCAAGUAUGUAUGCUUUAUAUAUGUUAUGUCUUAUAUGUUAAAUUUGGCUUAGUCUUUAUCUUUUGAUUUUCCUUUAGUUAGCUAGAAGUUUAGGGUAUGGUUAAUCGAAACAAUUAACUGAUUUUUCGGAGUUAGAAUUUUAGUAUAACUCAAACAAUUUUCUUAUUAGUGUAAUUUUUUUUUUUAUGAGUGAAGAUUAUUUAUUUAUUUAUUUAUUUUACAUGGUGAAUUGUUGCUUGAUGAUUUACGUUUUUUUUUAGUUUAUAUAAUUUAGUGUAUAGAUAUUUCCUUUUUGAGCGAGAUACAUCUUUGGUUAUUUUUCUUAGCGAUACCAUCUCCUUUCUUUUGAAGAACAAGUUAAGGGAUUUGAUGGAAAACGGUGAACCUAGAAGAUCAACCCGGUUGAAUGAAAGAGCGGCUGUAAGAGACCGAGCUAGAGGUCGGGGGCGAGGAGGUGCUCACGGUCGAGGUCGCGGUCGAGGCAGGGGAAACCAGCAUGUCCCUGCCGAGGCGGUGAUCCAGGAGAAUCAAAAUGCCCCUGUAAAUGGACAACAACCAGGUCAAGGUGGGGGCAACCACGAAGUCCCUGCUGGGGUAGUUGGUCAAGAACACCAAAACGCCCCUGUAGUGGUGCCACCACAACAAGAAGAUUUGGCGCAAGAAGUUGCUCAUCUCAAGGAAGAAAUUAGGAAGCGAGAUGAAGAGGCUCUCAACCGUCAGGAACAACCCAAUCAAGGACAACAUCAAUUUUUGCCGGUGCAAUACAUGCCUGUGCCGGAGGGUCGAUGGGAACCAAUAUAUGAAAGGUUCCGCAAGCAACACCCACCAAAUUUUGAAGGGGGCUCAGAUCCAAUGGAAGCUGAGGAAUGGUUAAGAACAGUGGAAGGUAUUGUUGAGUACAUGCGGCUCGGUAACGGAGAUAGUGUAGCUUGUGCUGCUAGUUUAUUGAAAAAGGAUGCCCGCAUCUGGUGGGAUGUUAUUAAACAAACACGGGAUGUGGCCGCAAUGACCUGGGCUGACUUUGUACAAGUUUUUAACAAAAAAUACUACGUUGAAGCAAUACGCUCGGCUAGAGUUAAUGAGUUCACAAACUUGAGGCAGGGGUUACAAGGGACGAUCGUCUUCUCAAAGAUCGACUUGAGAUCUGGGCACCACCAAUUGAAAGUGCGAGAGGAAGAUAUCGCAAAGACAGCAUUUCAAACACUGUAUGGGCAUUAUGAAUUUCUAGUAAUGUCAUUUGGGUUAACCAAUGCCCCAACAACCUUCAUGAAUUUAAUGAAUAGAGUAUUCAAGGAGUAUCUCGAUAAGUUUGUAGUGGUAUUCAUUGAUGACAUACUCAUUUAUUCAAGGACAAUGGAAGAGCAUGAGGAGCACUUAAGGCUAACUCUAAGUAGACUCAAAGAGCACCAAUUGUACGCCAAAUUCAAAAAGUGUGAGUUACGGUUGGAGAAAGUGGCGUUUCUAGGCCAUACGGUGUCCAAAGAUGGGGUAGAGGUGGACCCCGCGAAAAUUGAAGCAAAGGAAGAGCCGGCCAAAACCAAAAACCGCAAGUGA